UUUCUCAAAACACCAUUGCCUUUCUUCUUCUUCUUCUUUUUUAACAAUAUACUGGGAGGUUCACCAAAAUGAGUUGGUCACUGUCAAACUCAUUCAUGAAGAAGACUUUCCGGACAAAUUAAUCCUGAUGCCUAACAUUGUUGAUUUUAUUACAUGUAUAAUUCCAGAUUUUUCAUCAUUCUUCACGUUACUCAUGCUUUACCUACCCCCACACAGCCGCCAACCUUAGACGACUUUAAUGGGGCCAGUACCAAAUAAUAUUCAGUUUUUUUUUUUUAAACAGAUAGGCACAAAUAAUAUUUGUUAUUUGGGACCAUGUAUAAAUCUUGAGUGAAUGGUCCAUAACGAGAUAGACCAUUUCAACCCUCUUCAACACUUCACACACUUCCCUAACAAUGAAUCCUCCAAAUGUCCAGUACAUCUCAGAGUGCUUCAUCAAACCCAAGUCUUCAGCAGACAAAGAGGAGACAAAGCAGCCAAUAAUCCACUUGGCUCCAUGGGACCUAACCAUGCUCUCAAUCCAUUACAUCCAAAAGGGCCUUCUCUUUGUCAAGCCCUCUUCAAUGAAUGAUCAAGAAAACACAGUCCAAGCUCUCUUGGAGAGGCUCAAGGAAUCUCUCUCUCGCACUCUGGUCCCUUUCUACCCACUUGCCGGUCGGCUAGCCACAUCCAAACAAGAAAACCCACCUCAUUACUAUGUCUACAUUGACAACCACAACAGUCCCGGCGCCAAAUUCAUCCACGCCACGGUGAAUUUGACCGUCUCUGACAUUCUUUCGCCAGUAGACGUCCCUCAAGUGGUGCAAUCAUUCUUUGACCAUGACAGGGCCAUCAACCAUGAUGGGCAUACCAUGUCGUUGCUAUCAAUUCAGGUGACAGAGUUGGUUGAUGGCAUCUUCAUAGGAUGUUCCAUUAACCAUGUGGUGGUUGAUGGAACAUCGUACUGGCAUUUCUUCAAUACUUUGUCAGACAUUUUCAUGACAAACAAUUCUUCCAUUUCUCGACCCCCUAUUCUCAACCGAUACAGCCCUGUUCUCAACCUUCCUUUCACCCACCACGAUCAAUUCAUCAGCAGGCACGAAGCACCGCCAUUAAGAGAGAGAAUUUUCCACAUCUCCUCAGAAUCCGUAAAGAAACUAAAAGCGAAAGCCAAUGCAGAGCAGCAAACCAACACAAUAUCCUCCUUGCAAUCCGUGAGCGCGCUAAUCUGGAGGUGCAUCACGAGGGCGCGCAGCCUGCCCUGCGAUCAGGAAACCAGUUGUAGAAUGGCAGUCAAUAACCGAACACGAAUAGAACCGCCGUUGCCAGAGGAGUAUUUUGGGAAUUCCAUUCAAAUAGUGAGUGGCAUUGCUAAGGCUGGCGAGCUGCUCAAGCAAGGGCUUGGGUGGGCAGCGUGGCGGCUGAGGGAAGUGGUGGCGAACCACAACGAUAAGGCCGUGAGGGAGUCAAUGGAGGCGUGGAUGAAGACUCCAUUUAUAAUACAUAUGGGUCAAUUCUCCGACCCUUGCAGCAUCAUGGUGGGGAGUUCGCCGAGGUUUGAAAUGUUUGGGAAUGAAUUCGGGAUGGGGAAAGCGGUGGCCAUUAGGAGUGGGUAUGCGAAUAAGUUUGACGGGCUAGUGAUGGCGUUCCCGGGAUAUGAAGGCGGAGGGAGCAUGGAUUUGGAGGUGUGCCUCUUGCCGGAGUCGAUGAAUGACCUUGAAUCCGAUGGGGAGUUCAUGGGUGCCGUCUGUAUAUGA